AUCUUGAUGAUGCCCAAAUUUUGGCCCGGCCUACUCGAAUAAGGCAUUAUUCUCAGAGUGAAGAAAACACCUCUGAAGUAUUUAGCACUGUACGUGAAGAGCAGCCAAUGCCACGAAGCAGCAGCACGUCCGAUAUAAUGGAACCAUUCAUAGCUGAAAGAGCUAAAGGUGCAGUUCCUGUCAUUGACNGUUCAUCAGUUCCUUCAAGUUUGCAAAGUUCUGCUGAGGUGUUCUCAUUAUCUAGGUCCACUGAAAGUCAUUUUACAGAUGCACACAAUGCAGAACAUUCUCUGGAAGUUGGUGAUAAUAUUUACGAUCAUCUUUGUCAUCUUGUAGGGGAUAUAGAAACAAUAACUUCCUAUUAUGAGUGCAGUCAACACACAAUAGAUGAUAGUGAGGCAGAUUUGCUGUCUUCCAUACAGAAGUAUUUUAACGAGCCUACUGAAGAAACGGAACACACCAAACAUAAAUCGGGAGAGGAUGCAAAUGGCAUUUCCUUAAAUGAAAGUAUUGCGUUAAUGGUAGGUGAGACUGAUCUAGGCUAUGUGAGGCAAGUAAAAAUAUGCAAUACUAGUAGCCAGGAUAAGAUUUUGGGAGGGAAAACUGAAACGCAGGUAAAAGUACAGGACCUGGAAAAUGCUGAAAGUUCUGUUCCAUAUCUAGAAGAUGAUUAUUUGAGUAUUACUACAUUUACUGCUAAAGAAAAGCAGUUGCCAGAGACCAAUAUUGAACAGCAUAAUUACAAGCCACUUGAAAGCUUUGAACAGGGAAUUUCAUCACAAAUGGAGUCAGAAACUCCAGAUUGCAAACAGAGGCAAAAAGUUCUUAUUCGCCAGACGGCAACUGAGGUAGACCAUAGAAACAUGGUAGUCUCAACAGAUCAGCAAUGUGAAAGGAAACAGCUAGCUGAUGCCUCUUGCCAAACCUCUGCCAUUGUACAACUAAAUAAGUUACCUGAAGCAUAUAGCAUGUGUUCAAAUACGUUUCCACACAGCACCACAAUUACUGACCCACUUAAAGCUUUAAGUGCACAAAAAUCUUCAGCUAACCAAGAAAUCACUGCAGCAACACCAGAACCGCAGUACUUGAGCAUAGCAAAUAAGAAAAAAAAUAGCAAUAUGCAUGUUAGUUUUAGGCCAUCUACUGAGUCUGUACAGUUCCACAGUCAGGUGGACAGUAAGGAAGCUCAUUGGAAGUUGAGACUUCGAAGACUCGGUGGUUUCAGCAGUGGCUCUUCUGCACCAACUGAUUCAGUGAAACCUGGUGUCUAUAGACCUCUUGACACGAGAGUUUCUCAUAAUGAAUAUAAGAAUCGGAAGUCAACAUUGAUUACUGCUGCAAGUAUCCCACUGCCUAAGGGAAGUACAGGUGGUAGUCAGGGCACUGGUCAUGGAACACUUAGGUCAUGUAGCUUACAGGAAUCAGUACAGCAACAGAGUUCCCUCGGUGGUGUUUACAGAACUGUUGUACACGCUUUUUCAAAGUCGAAAGCAAAUGUUUCCCCACAGAGGCAGAGAAAAGUACCAGCAGAGGCUCCACUGAGGGAUCUUUACAGUCAUGUUUUGGGAUAUUUUGGAAGGAAAGUUGCAGUCAACAAGGAAGACCCUAAUCAGAAACCCCGACCUUUCAGCACUGAUAUUGGCAAUAGUAAUCCCAACAUCAGUGAUCUUAUGGAUGAGUUUAUAGCAGAACGAUUGCGAACUGGUACUUCAGUGAAUGUUUUGAGGAGAGGAAGUAGUCCUGGUAGUUUGGAAGUGCCAAAAGAUCUUCCUGAUUUGUUGAACCGGCAGAACCAGACCAGACCAGUCGAUGACCCAGGCAUCCCAUCCGAAUGGACUUCCCCAGCCAGUGCUGGAAGUAGUGAUCUCAUUAGUUCUGACAGCCAUUCGGAUUCUUUCAAUGCUUUCCAAUAUGAUGGACGAAAAUUUGAGAGCUUUACAUUUGGCAGUGAAACCACUUCUAUCAUAUACACUGAAGCAGAUCUAGGACCACUACGGCAAACAGAUGCUGAGCAAGAAUUGACAAAUUUAACUGCUAUUCACAUUGAUUCCGAAACUAGCAGCCUCAAUCUGCAGACCACUUCAGUUGACACAGUUACAAUCACAG